GGCGGGCCCAAGGAGCCGCGCGCUCGCAACGGGACUCGACGUUUCGCGGCGGGGCUGCUUCGCGCCGGAUCGAACUUCUACCUUGAUGCCCCGCGAAGUUUUCCAAGCGCCCUGAAGGAAAAUAACACCACAACAAUAAUUAACCGUAGUACGAGAAACCGCCCGCCACCGCCGCAGCCAGGGAGCGGAGAUCAGCAUGUCUUUUAACCGAAAGAACUGGUCGGCGCUGUCCAGCCUGGCCCAGCAAUGGAGUGCUGAGGAUGAGGAAGAACAGGAGAGAGAGCGCAGGAGAAGACACAGACAGCUGAGUUCCUCGUCUGAAGUAAAGGUGGAAACCCCCAGCGCCGUACAGAAUGCGACCAGUCGAGCACCCAAUAGGUUCAGGAGUCCUACAGAGGCCAAGCCAUCAAAGCUGGUGACCUCAAAGCUGGAAAAUGAGAGGAAACAAGUAGACAUAUUAAAUAAGCAGGAAGACAGAAGGGUCAGGAAGCGAGUGGAGAUGUUCAAUAAUGUGAAACAGGAUAAGAAGGAGACAUUGGAUGCCAGAAAGUUGAAAAAGGAAGCUGUUGAAGAGAAAGUAAAGUCCCCUUCAGAGCCACCCCAGGAACAGAAGGAUCCAAUAGUGGAAAAAUGUGAAGUGCUGGUUCAGCAAAAAGACCCUGCAAAAGAAAAGCAUCAAAAGCUGGAUCAGGAAAAGAAAGAGACGGCAGUGGAGAAACGUGAAAACUUGGAUCAGGAAGUGAAGGACCCCAACACAGACAAAGAUCAGGUCUUCAUUGAGGAGCAGAAGUCCAUGAAUACUCAUGAGUCUCAGAGGCUGUCUGCAGUCCAGAAUGAGGUGGCUACGCAACAGCCUCAGCGCACGUCUUGGGAACGGAAAAGCAUCAGCCGGCUCGAGGUGAAGAUUCAGCCAAGAGCAAGGAACAUCAGCUUCCAUGAAGUUCCUCGUUCUGCAGCUACACCUGCCUCUGUGCCGCAGGCCACGGAAAGGAGCAUUCCUAAAACAGAAGGUGAAGCUGUAAGCUGUCCCUCGCACCAAGACGGAUCUGAGGCUCCCUUACUAAUCUCUCACCCUGUGAUUACCUACAGUAGCUCAUUCAAACGGACCACUCCAAGGACAAUCUCAUUCCGGGUGGUCUCCAAGAAAGACAAAGAAGAAGAUACAUUAAGCAGAAGUACCAGCAUGAGACUCCCAGUAAAUGCUGCUAAACUUGAGGAGAGGCGGGAGAAAUAUGCAUCCGCGGUGCAGAGAGCUGGGUCGAUUAAAUUGCCUCCAUCUGCUCGGAGAAAUUUCCAACUGGCCUCCGAGGGUGUGGCCAGCAAGCGCAGCAUCUUCGAAACCAAUAUCAGGGCUGAGCCGACUACCACUCUUAUCCGGAAGGAGAGUUUGAAGAUCCCAGGGGGAGUCACGUCUCGCAUCAAUCUCUGGAUCAGUCGAACGCAGGAGUCCAGCAAGGAUGAAGGAGUCAAGGACAUUCGGAGAAUUGAGAACACACAGCAGAGUCAGUGGGGGAAACGGUCCAAUGAUUCCUGAAGGAAAACCAGGAUGUAACUGUACAAGCUGCUCUGAGGAUGACCUCUCUCCAUUUAAAUCAAAGGACUGGACCACUUGAACUCCUUCUGCUUCCCUUGGUUUCAGACUAUUCCCUGCACAAGCCAUUUGCCUGGAAAACAGUAUCUAUCAGUCAAGCUGCCUAUAGUGCCUUUUCAUGGAUGGGGUUUCUUGGUGACAUAAAACAAAAAAAUGAAAACAAAAAAAUGGUUUCUGAUUGGUGGAUGGGAAAGAUGACACUUAUGACAUAGAACCUGUAUUUCCACAAUUCACUUAUGUCUCUUCCCCACUUUUUUAGCCCUCAAAUACCAAAGCCUUAAGUUCUGCCAUCAAGCCGAAGGCAUGUAAAACAUGUAGCCCGUCCACUGGAUUGUGCUCCACCUAUGCCUCUGUCAUAAUGGAUAUGCUAAUAGGGUCCACCGUGUUGUACUUGCACUUAGCAGGACCAGCUACUGCAGAAAGCAAAGCAGGUGGGUUUGUCUGUCCUCAGUGAUGUCAUCAGAUAGCCAGAUCUUAUUGGCUGCAUGAUGAGGUCACUGUGAUGAAGAAGGUUGAUUUAGAGGGGGGAAAUUGUGCCAAACCUGCAACUGAUCAGAACUAUGAAGAGGAUAACCAAGGAGAGCUGCCACUACCUGAAGCCCAGGAGUGGGGUGAUGGGUGACCUGUGUGUGUGGGGAAAGGGUACAGGAUGCUUGAAUAUGGGGGGGGGAGUGUCUCUCUGCAGCAACCCCCAUGGGAAAAAAAGCUGCUAAAAAGUCCUCCUGAGACACUAACAAACUGUGUAACAUGUGAUGAGAAUAUUUUCUUUAAAUAUACCUUUCUGUUUCAUCUCCGCCCUAUUUAUAACUAAGGCCACUGAAACCAAUGGAACAAUUGUAUCAUAAGUCCCAUUGAGCUCAUUAGGAUUUAUGCUGUGGACCUAUGCAUGUUCUAGUUAGAAGCAAGGCCCAUUAUUUAUUAUUGGGCCUUGCUUCUAACUAGACAUUCAUAAGUUUGCAGUGUAAAUGCUAUUGAGCUCAAUGGGACUCACACCUAGGUAGAUGUGUACAGGAUCCCAGCCUAAGUCAUGACUAAUUUUAGCUGGGACAGGUCCAUAGGUCCAUGUGUGAAUCCUACCUAUAAGGUCAUAAUUCCUUGACUUAGAAGUCAAGCCAGUUUGAGCAUAAUAUAUUUUUAGUUUAUUUGGCUAAAAACACCUAACUCUAGAUUCAGUGGGUGGGUGUUUGGGUGGAUUUGGUUCUCACUGUAUUCCAUAAUAAAUAUCACUUUGGUUCAA